GAUACUCAUUUCCUGUAAAUUUCCUGUUUCAGCCAUAGCUAUUACUCAAAGGCGUAUCAGGGACAACAACGAAAGAAGUAUUUAUCCACAACUGUCUGCAAGCCAACGUACACGACGCGCGGCGCCAUAAACCAAAAGGUCGUCGUCUUCAAAAAUAUUAAAUAAAUUUGGUGCCAACGUACGCGACCCGCAAUUUCAGCAACUCUCUCUUUCAUUCGUCAAUUCUAACGAGCUGGGAACAAAAGGCGUCCUUUUCUGCUUCAACUAUCGAAAAUCUCUGCGUAUCAGUGUCUGAUAUUCCGAUCCUCCAUUUCUUCCUGUUCACAUUCCUGAUUUCUUUCACUCGAGCCACUGUGUCAGUUUGAAUUCUAGUUUGUGUGAAAAGAAUGGGGAAGAAGCGUGUAAUGUUGCCGGCCGAGAGGAUAGACUUGUCCGCCGUCAAAUACGAGCCCCAAGUCCUUGAGGCUCCUCAUUUGACUGGAUUGCUGUUCAAGUUAUUCGUUAAGAUGAUUGAAGCGCCUUUCAUUGGUUCUUUGAUCAUAUAUCACUUAAAGAAGCAGAAUAAGAUGGUCGAGACCUUGCAGUAUACUGAGAUACCGGAGGGGCCUAUGUUUAAACCUGAAUUCCCUCCUCAAGAACCAGAACAGGGUGUUAUUGUUGUUGAUGAAGAUGGGAAACCUGAAGACCGGGUUGAGUCAGCCUUAAAAUGUCUUCCUCAUUAUGAUCCUGUUAGCUGUUCUUUGGGGGAUUUGGCGUCAACAUUUCAGUACUGGAAGAUUCGUGAUUAUGCAUAUGCUUAUCGAUCUCGAAUUGUAACACCAUCUACGGUUGCCGAGCGCAUCAUCUCAGUGGUAGAAGAGUAUAACAAUAAAAGCCCCCCUUGUCCAUUAGUGAUUUCUUUCAAUGCGGAGGAAGUAAGGAAGCAAGCUGAAGCUUCUACAUUGAGGUUUGAGGAAGGCAAUCCAAUUUCCAUCCUGGAUGGAAUCUUUAUGGCAAUCAAAGAUGAUAUAGAUUGCUACCCUCAUCCAUCAAAGGGUGCAACAACAUGGAUGCACGAAGUUCGCUCUGUGGAAAAAGAUGCAGUUUGUGUUUCUAGAUUGCGUAGCUGUGGUGUGAUUCUCAUUGGAAAGGCAAACAUGCAUGAGUUGGGCAUGGGUACCACUGGAAACAAUCCAAAUUAUGGAACAACAAGAAACCCACAUGCUCAUGAAAGGUAUACUGGGGGUUCUUCUUCAGGCCCUGCAGCAAUUGUAGCUUCUGGAUUAUGUUCAGCUGCCUUGGGAACAGAUGGAGGAGGUUCUGUUCGUAUCCCUUCUUCUCUUUGUGGUGUAGUGGGCCUGAAAACAACAUUUGGACGGACAAGUAUGGAAGGGUCCUUGUGUGGUUCUGGUACUGUUGAAAUUAUUGGACCGAUUGCAUCGUCAGUGGAGGAUGCCAUGCUAGUGUAUGCUGCAAUACUGGGUUCAUCUCCUGUUGAUAGAAUUGCUUUGAAGCCUGCUCCCCCAUGUUUACCGAUUUUGUCAUCACCUGUCACUGCAGAUGGUUUGGGAUCACUGCAGCUAGGAAAAUAUACAGCGUGGUUUAAUGAUGUUCACUCACCUGAAAUCUCUGAUAAGUGCGAGGAUGUCCUUAACCUUCUGUCAAAAACCCAUGGGUGUGAAGUGAUAGAAAUUGUUAUACCUGAGCUGCAUGAGAUGCGCACUGCUCAUCUUGUUUCGUUUGGUGUUGAAACACAAUGUUCAUUAAACCCUGAUUGCGAGGAUGGAAAAGGGAUGAGGUUAACUCAUGAUACACGUACAAAUGUUGCACUCUUUCGAUCAUUCACUGGAUCCGACUAUGUUGCUGCCCAGUGUCUUAGGCGAAGAAUAAUGUACCAUCACAUGGAGAUUUUCAAGAAGGUUGAUAUCAUAGUGACCCCGACUACUGGCAUGACGGCGCCUGUUAUACCUCCCAGUGCUCUUAAAUUUGGGGAGACAGACUUGCAAGUUACCGGUUAUCUGAUGCGAUUUGUCAUUGCAGCAAAUCUUCUCGGUCUCCCUGCCAUUUCUGUUCCUAUUGGUUAUGAUAAGCAAGGGCUCCCUAUAGGGCUGCAGUUACUUGGUCGUCCAUGGGCUGAAUCUACCAUUUUGCGUUUGGCUUCUGCAGUAGAGGAACUCUGUGGAAAGCCGAAGAAGCAGCCUGCAUCAUUUUACGACGUUUUGAAGAUGGAACUGAAAUAAAGCUGCUUACUUGUGGCCUCAUCAGGUCUCUGUGCAUGGUUGUGUGCGUUACGAUCGUCACAAUAAUCGUUACUUGCCCGAUGGCUUACACUAGUCUGUCAGUUUCAAAUAACUUGUCAACAAAUGAUGUAUUGAUGUUUUUGUUUGAAACACAAGUCCAGGAUCUCUUUCUUUUGA